AUGGAUGAAGAACCUGAAAAAACUAAGCGAUGGGAAGGAGGCUAUGAAAGAACAUGGGAGAUUCUUAAAGAAGAUGAGUCAGGAUCACUUAAAGCUACAAUAGAAGACAUUCUCUUCAAAGCAAAGAGAAAAAGAGUAUAUGAGCACCAUGGACAAGUUCGACUUGGAAUGAUGCGCCAUCUUUAUGUGGUAGUGGAUGGAUCAAGAACAAUGGAAGACCAAGAUUUAAAGCCGAAUAGACUGACGUGUACUUUAAAGUUGUUGGAAUACUUCGUAGAGGAAUAUUUUGAUCAAAAUCCUAUUAGUCAGAUUGGAAUUAUUGUGACAAAGAGUAAAAGAGCUGAAAAAUUGACAGAACUCUCAGGAAACCCUAGAAAACACAUAACGUCUUUGAAGAAAGCUGUAGAUAUGACCUGCCAUGGAGAGCCAUCUCUUUAUAACUCCUUAGACAUGGCUAUGCAAACUCUGAAACACAUGCCUGGGCAUACAAGUAGAGAAGUUCUAAUCAUCUUUAGCAGCCUCACAACUUGUGAUCCAUCUAAUAUCUAUGACCUAAUCAAGACCCUAAAGACAGCUAAAAUUAGAGUGUCUGUUAUCGGAUUGUCUGCAGAGGUUCGGGUUUGCACUGUCCUUGCUCGUGAAACUGGUGGCACAUACCAUGUUAUUUUAGAUGAAAGCCAUUACAAAGAAUUGCUAACACAUCAUGUUAGUCCUCCUCCUGCUAGCUCAAGUUCGGAGUGCUCACUGAUUCGUAUGGGAUUUCCUCAGCAUACCGUUGCUUCUCUGUCUGAUCAAGAUGCAAAGCCCUCUUUCAGCAUGGUGCAUUUGGAUAGCAAUACUGAGCCAGGACUUACAUUAGGAGGCUAUUUCUGCCCUCAGUGUCGGGCAAAGUAUUGUGAGCUUCCUGUUGAAUGUAAAAUCUGUGGUCUUACUUUGGUGUCUGCUCCCCAUUUGGCACGGUCUUAUCAUCAUUUAUUUCCUUUGGAUGCUUUUCAAGAAAUUCCCCUAGAAGAACAUAAUGGCGAAAGAUUUUGUUAUGGAUGUCAGGGGGAAUUGAAAGACCAACACGUCUAUCAUUGCACUGUGUGCCAAAAUGUUUUCUGUGUGGACUGUGAUGUUUUUGUUCAUGACUCUCUCCACUGUUGUCCUGGAUGUAUUCAUAAUAUUCCAACUCCUUCAGGUAUUUGA